AUGAAAGAUCUCCAGAUAUUGUACCAUGCCUUGGUGGAAUCGCAUUUGACAUAUGGAAUAGUGGCUUGGGGUGGAGCCAAACAAUGCAACAGACCAUUGGGUAUGGAAUCAGGAACGAUACUGGACGAUGCAAUUUCGGCCAGUUCAUCGUAUGUUCCCAACGUUGGACCACGCAAUGGAAGAUUGAAGGUAGAAAAAGCUGGUGGAGGAUGGUGUCCAAAACAGCAGAUUGAAAAAGGAGUAAGAGAAUAUAUCCAAGUAGAUUUGCAGGAAGUGCAUGUGAUCACUGGAAUAGAAACCCAAGGAAGGUACGAUAGAGGUAGAGGACAAGAGUACGUUGAGGAGUAUCUUCUGGAGUAUUGGAGACCUGGAUUGGAGGAAUGGAAAGAGUAUCGAAGAUGGGAUGGCAAGCAUAUUUUACGUGGGAACAGUGAUACUGCGUCAGUGGAGAGUCACAAGCUGAUGCCGAUUAUUUUUGCCAGUAAAAUUCGUCUACUGCCUUACAGUAUCCACAGAAGAACAGUUUGUUUGCGUAUGGAAUUGUUAGGAUGUCCAUAUAAAGAUGGUGUUCUAUCGUACAGUGCUCCUGCUUCUUCUGACACAACUCAAGGACUAUAUGACAGCAGCUAUGACGGUCAUCGGUCCCAAGGAGUGUUAUUUAAUGGCCUUGGAAGACUAGUUGACGGAGAAGUUGGCUUGGACAACUUUAGAUUGGAUAUUGGAUACGGAAAAGGAAAUGGAUGGACGUCAUGGAGAAAUGAUUCUUUUUCCAACGGUUACGUUGAACUGGUCUUCGAGUUUGACCAAGUGAGAAACUUCUCUAAAGUUCAUCUCUACACAAACAACAUGUUUUCCAGAAACGUGCAGGUCUUUUCCAAAGCAAAAAUUCUGUUCAGCAUCGGUGGUCGAUUCUAUAACGGUCCCAUUCUAACCUACGUGCACAACUCAGAUCGAAUCACUGAAAAUGCUAGGAAUGUGUCCAUUGGUCUUCAUCAUCGAGUGGGACGUUACGUCAAAGUGAGGUUAUUCUUCGCCGACCAGUUGAUGAUGCUCAGUGAAGUCAUUUUCGAAUCCGAGCCGGUCUGGCUAAAUGUGACUGAAGAGGACGCGCUGGAUCUGCAAGAGAAUGAGCUCAUUAUCACCCCAGAUGGAGAAAGGACACUACAGGCCUUUGAAACGAUUGCUGCAAGGAAAGACGGUGAUACCUACAUAGAAAUCAUCAUCGGAAUUUUGACGGCUAUUAUGCUGUUGCUAUUCGUCGUAUUCUUAGUUAUAUUGAUAAUAAACAAACGACAUAAACUUCAAGGAUCACCAACAUUUUUCAGAAAUCCAUUUGGAGUGAAAAUAAACAUGAAGGACUGGCUGAUGAAUUUCUCUACUGGCACUGCACAACCAAAUACCAGCCAGAGUGUACCGAUCACUCCUGUGAGUCAUCCUGAUAGUUACAUCGAAUCAGUUACUCCAAUGACGUAUGAAGAAUACCGUUCUUCUUUGGCUAGUAAUUACUAUACUACUAAUUACAACACAUUAAGGUGUCCAUCUGCAAUAGAACCAUCUUUAGGCCCUCUGGAUUCACCUAACGACGAGUCUCCACCAGAAGUACCCCCAUUACCCAGCUCUCCCGAUCUACAGUCAUCUCCAAACUACCGUAGUCUUCAAGCUACACCACCACCGAGCUACCGUAGUCUACAAACUACCCCAACCACAAACUGCAAUGGAAAAACUAUCAGUUUGGUGAACCAUUAUCCGAAGCAGAACAACGAGAGAUCAGCUAAGAAAUAUUACACUGCGCCUAGGGAGAAACAUAGAGUAUCACCUCCUCUGAUAAGUUGGAACAUAGUUCCCAGCAUGGGACAUCCCUACAACUGCAAGGAGGUGGAACUAACGCCCAUACCAAGAUAUUCGUUGAGGCCAGUAGAGAAGCUAGGUUCCUGUCAUGCGGGGGAGUUUUCCCUGUACGAAACGGAGAACCUGGACGACAUUAUACCGGGUGUUUGUCGAUUGGUGGCUGUCAGAACUUCAAAUCCAGAGAAAUUUAAGGGAGACCCGGUAGAAAUGCUGCGUGAAAUUCGGUUUUUGGCUGGAUUAAACGAUCCCAAUAUCUGCAAAGUUCUAGGAGUGUGUACAGGAGAACAACCUCCCUGGACAAUUAUCGAAUAUGGGGAAAUGGGAGACCUUGCUCAAUAUCUCCAGUUCCUCGUUAACAGAAACGGGAGUAUAAGACCUUCAGAAAAUUCUCCCAUAAGUACCGGUAGCCUAAUAUACAUGGCCACACAAAUUGCCUCGGCUAUGAAGUACCUAGAGUCCAGGCACGUGGUGCACAAAGACUUGGCGGCGAGGAAUUGCCUGGUAGGCCGGGGGUACAUAGUCAAGGUGGCCGACAUCGCCAUGUCCAAACCGCAGUACAGGAAGGAGUAUGCUGAGAUCGGUGGACGGCCUCCAGCUCCAAUCCGUUGGCUACCUUGGGAGAGCAUCUUAUUGGACAGAUACUCCUGCUCAAGCGCAGUAUGGGCCUUUGCUGUGACCUUCUGGGAGAUCCUCAACUUCUGUUGCGAAAGACCCUUCGCCAAUCUCUCCAACGAGAAGGUCAUCCAGAAUGCCGAGCAUAUGUACUACGGAGGAGAACUACAGGUCGUCCUCAAUAAACCACCCCACUGUUCCACGGAUAUCUACGAUCUGAUGUGCUCCUGUUGGCGACGAGACGAUUCCGACAGACCGACAUUUAAAAUAAUUUCAACUUUUCUAAAACGAAUCAACAAAGAUUAUGUCCCAUCCGAAUAAAUUUAUUUUUUUGAAAAACCAGCUUAGUUCUUAAAACAUAAGUGCUCAUAAAUAGGUGUGAUAUUAAAAUAAUAAUCGGUUUAAAGAACUUAACUUUAAAAAAAACUAAACCACCAUUGAAUCAUGCUAAAUUUUAGAGGAAAAUCUCGUAUAAUGUAGAUUUAGAACUAUCGUUACGUACCUUAUCUUUUUACAGACAAAAAUCUUAAUAAAAGAAUGUAAUAUUUAAAUUUUGAAAAUAAAUUA